CACACCCGAAAAGUUGUUGACUUUUUGGGUCUUCAAUGUCACCAAUCACCAUCAUUCCCACCUUCGAGCAGAUCACUUCAACAUGCCCAGUUUUAAAGAUAAAGUCAUAAUCGUGACCGGCGCCAGUUCGGGAAUUGGAGCAGGCACAUCAGUUCUGUUGGCCAAACUUGGAGGCCUCCUCACCAUCGUGGGAAGGAAUGUGGAUAAGCUCAAGGAAACUGCCGAGCAGAUAGAUGCAGCUGGAGGAGCACCUGCCAUUCAGGUGGCAGCUGACAUGAACAACGAGUCGGAUGUCAAAAAUAUCGUAUCCGUCACCUUGGCCAAGUAUGGACGUAUCGACGUCCUGGUAAAUAAUGCCGGAAUUCUGGAGCUGGGUAGCAUUGAGAACACCAGUCUGGAACAGUUCGACCGCGUUAUGAACACCAAUGUGCGUUCGCUUUACCAACUGACCACUCUAGUCACACCUGAGUUGAUCAAGACCAAAGGAAACAUUGUCAACGUUUCUAGUGUCAACGGCAUCCGGUCUUUUCCAGGUGUCUUGGCCUACAACGUGUCAAAGGCUGCUGUGGAUCAGUUUACCAGGUGUGUGGCUUUGGAGCUGGCUCCAAAGGGUGUCCGUGUUAACGCUGUGAAUCCCGGCGUGAUCAUCACAGAGCUGCAGCGACGUGGUGGACUGGAUGAGGAGGCGUACGCCACAUUCCUGGAGCACGCCAAGAUCACUCAUGCUCUGGGUCGUCCCGGAGAAGUCAAGGAGGUAGCUGCGGCCAUUGCGUUCCUGGCCAGCGAUGACGCCACCUUCAGUACCGGAGUCAGUCUGCCUGUGGACGGAGGUCGUCAUGCUAUGUGCCCCAGAUGAGAAUAAAGGAUCCCUAUAAAUCUUCUUCCUUAUUUCUGUAUAGUUUUUUAUAUAGAACAUUUGUUUAUGUCUGUCUAGUAAAUCUAAUAAAAAGGAAAAAAGUGUUAACGAA